CGAAUGAUGUAAAACGUACAGAUCUCUGAUUGAUUACCUUGUGAACGCGAGAAUCCAAUUUCAAAACAAUAAAUAGUGGAGCUUGUGAAUGAAAAAAAAAUUCAAGUGGCUACCAGGUACCUACCGAAAGUCAUAAAAACGAACUAUUUUGGUGAUAAACUGUAACACAACUUCUAUUUUUACCGAUAUCCCGAGCAUUUUCCAGAUAAGAAGUGUUGUAACUAGGAAAUCGAAGUGUAAAUGGUCAGUCGAUAGUGGAAUAGCGAGAUGAGGUUCAAUUUUCCGAGUUUUUCCAUUUUCCGUUCAAGGAAGAGUUUUCAGUAUGUUGUUGCAAUUGUCGGUAAUUUGGCGGCGUAUACUUGCGGGAUUUCAUUUGGCUGGACUUCCCCUGAAAUCCCUAAGCUGAAAGCAGAUGACAGUCCAUUAGAAACCCAACUCACGCCAUCUGAGGAGUCAUGGAUCGGUUCGCUGCUACCAAUUGGAGCAGCAAUAGGCCCCUUCUUUGCAGGAGUAGCUGCAGACAAGAUAGGAAGAAAAAAUUCACUCCUACUGGCCAUAAUACCAUUCAUCAUUGCAUUUGCCAUGGCGGCUUUCGCAAAAACUGUCCUGGUCUUCUUAAUUUUGAGGGUUCUUUUCGGUUUAGGAGUUGGAAUAGUCUUCACAGUCCUCCCCAUGUAUAUUGGGGAAAUAGCUGAUGAUGACGUGAGAGGACAGCUUGGUUCCUUCAUGCAACUCUUCAUCACUAUAGGUCUGACAUUCUCGUAUGCUGCAGGGCCAUACGUGGACAUCAAAACAUUCAAUUUUAUAUGUUUGGGAGUUCCGGUUCUUUUCCUAUUCCUCUUCUUCUUCUUUGUCCCAGAAAGCCCUUAUUAUCUGAUCCAAGUCAACAAACCAGAAGAAGCUGAAAAGUCCUUGAUCAAACUCCGUUCUGGUACUGCUAAGAGCGUGAAAGGAGAACUGGAGGACAUACGGAAGAACGUUGAAGAAGCCAAGGCAAACAAAGCGGGCUUCAUGGAUAUAUUCGCCACCAAAGGACUGACUAAAGCCUUCAUAAUUUCCCUCAGUUUGGUAUUUUUCCAGCAAUUCUCUGGGAUCAACGUCAUUAUUUUCUACGCUCAAGACGUUUUUGCAGCAGCAGGGAGCAAACUUGCACCUGAAAUUUCGGCUAUUCUCAUUGGUGUCGUGCAGAUUUUGAGCAGUGGGGCAACUCCUAUCCUCGUCGAAAGGAGCGGGAAGAGGCUUUUGUUACUUAUAUCAGCAACUGGAAUGACCCUGUCGUUAACAGUUCUGGCUUAUUACUUUUAUCUCUUGGAGAAGGGGAAUGACGUGUCUAACAUCUCCUGGUUACCCAUCGUCUCCCUGAUCAGUUUCAUAAUUGUCUACUGUCUAGGAUUCGGACCCUUGCCAUGGGCGGUGAUGGGAGAACUCUUCCCAGGAAAUGUUAAAUCGAUAGCUUCCACCUGUACAGCAUCUGCUUGUUGGAUAAUGGGUUUUCUCAUCACGAAAUAUUUCACGUCACUGGCAGAAGUUAUCCAUAGAAGUGGUUGCUUUGGACUCUUCAGUUUAUUCUGUCUUGGAGCAGCUAACUUCGUGCUUUUGUACCUGCCAGAAACUACAGGAAAAAGUUUACAAGAGAUUCAAGACUUGUUGAAUAAAUAAGUAUUAUUAUAGUUGUGAACAGUAUGAGCAUUGUAUAUAGACUUUAUAUAAUGGUAUAGAGUAAUAUGGUUGUGCAAUUCUUUACUUUUGUUGAAGAAUUUUUAUGUCGAUACGUAUGUGUGUAGACCUCUGAAGUUUACGGCACCUAAGAAAAUGUUGUUUUCAAUUUUGUUAUAUCCAGAACAGGGCUGUCCAAUUUAUGGCGUCCUCAAGGUCGCUUAAAAAAUAAUGUCGACUACAGGGACUUUAUAAAUUAUUGUUACAUCGUAUUGGGGCUCGCCAUACCAGAUAUCAUGGAAUUUCCAAAUUGACAGAUAUUUUUAUUAUGUUUUCAAUGCUAAUUGAAAUUUUCUAAACGUUUUCUGCUACCAAAACAGUAAAUAGCAUAUUUGGAAGCCCUCUACGAUUCACAAUAGUUCAUAAAGAACCUGUAGUUUAGAAUAUUUUGUAUAAAUUCAGUCAAUCUAUUCUCGCUUGUUUGUCUUUGCUAAUGUAAUUGAAUAAUGCCAUCUGAAUAAUUUCAGACAUAUUUAUAUGCUUGUGCCUCAGGGUGGACAGCCCUGUUAUGAAACAAAGUACUGAUAUUAUUGAAUGUGAAUUCCAUAAAAUUUAUGUAUUUAUUUAUUUUUGAUCAUAUAUAUUUCCAAAGAGCUUUCAAUAAAAAUUAUAAAUGUU